UCGCCUAUUCGCCUUCCUCUAUUCCGUGCCAUGUCUACCCAUGUACCUGGAGCCCGUCAGGCUUCUUUCUCCUCCUAUCUGGUCACCCCCCAGCAACUCAAUGACGCUUUGAGUAAGAACCCACCUAACACACUUGCUACUUCUCCAAGAACAAUUCCACUAUGUGCAGCAUGGUUCAUGCCUAAUGACCCCGAGGGCCGCACGGGAAUUGACUCAUUCCGCAAGUCCCGUAUCCCCUCAGCACGCUUCUUUGAUCUCGACGCUGUCAAGGACCAUGACUCACCUUACCCGCAUAUGCUUCCCACCUGUGAGGAAUUUGCCGAGGCCAUGAGUGAAUUGGGCAUUCGCCGGGACGACGAGAUAGUUGUCUACGAUACAGCUGAAGCGGGCAUUUUCAGUGCUCCGCGCGUGGGCUGGACUCUGCGUGUGUUCGGUCACCCCAGCGUACAUGUCCUCAACAACUAUCGAAUCUGGACUCGUGAGGGUCUCCCCACUGAGAGUGGCGAGCCCACUCCGGUGGAGAAGAGCAAGUACCCGGUCCCCGCUUAUGACACUAAGCUGGUAAUCCCUUAUCGUCAAGUGAAGGAGCUGGCAUUAAACCAUGGCAAGGAAGGUGCCGAGGAGGUUGAGAUCUUGGAUGCUCGCUCCUAUGGUCGUUGGGCAGGGAUUGAUCCAGAACCCCGUCCUGGGCUCUCAUCUGGACACAUUCCGGGCUCUAAGAGCCUGCCAUUCCAGGAACUAUUGGAUCCGGAGACCAAGGCUUACUUGUCACCAGCACAGCUGCGCAAAGUCUUUGAAGACCAUGAGAUUGACCCUUCCCGCCCAAUCAUCAGCUCAUGUGGAACUGGUGUGACAGCCACCGUUAUUGAGACUGCCCUCAGUGAGGCUGAGUAUGGUGAUGCCAACUCUCGUCUAGUCUAUGAUGGAAGCUGGACCGAAUGGGCCCAACGAGUUAAGGAAUCAGAUGGCCUCAUCAAGAAGGUGCAGCGAUGA